GUGUCUGGCUUCGGCGAAGGUUCCUGCAGAGUACAAACAGCUGCCUGUAUUUGGAACUGUAUAUUAUCAUAAGGAGUCAGAUGUGUGCCUCGCUGCCUUACAUGCAGGAGCCGUCAGUACCCGGGGAGGGCCUGUCACCUUCACCAGAGAUAAUACUGCUCAGAACAUCCGGGGCACCAUACAACACCGUGUUGUUUCACGAUCAAUGCCGCGAGAGAAAUCUGGUGGGAACAUUACUUACAAGUUCGACAGGAUAAGUCCCGUCAUUUCCCUGCAAGACCUGGCUGAGGAUGUGAUCAUUGUCCACAACUCGCACUCUGGGAACAACGGCCGACUGGACCUCACUUGCUUGACCAGUGACACCAGCAGAACGCUCACUAAGGAGGAUAUUACAUUUUGGCAAUAUAAUACACCAGCUUUUAUUACAAAUAAGACUCGAAACGGGGUUCACCUGCAACGAUAUAGAGAUAAAAAUAUCCGAAUUAUAAGAUGUCUGGGAAGGACUUCUGCUACAGAUGUUUUGGCCGUGAUACAAACUCCUCUCCAGUUUUACGUGUCAAACACAAGCACCAUUCGCGCCAGUCUUGGAGACCACUUGAGGGUUCCCAUCACCAAGACUAAGGAUCUGCCCGAUGAAGUGUUCAUCCGCAGACUUCCAGAUGGAUGGGUGUACAAGGCUGGGACCACUGCUGAUGUUUCCCUUCCUUUGACCUUUGACCCGGUCACACUCGGAGACGCGGGAAUAUACAUCCUUGGUAAUGAUGGCACAUCUCAGGAAUCGAAAACCUUUUCUGCAGCCAAGGUCGAAAUUGAAUACAAUGGAGCAUAUUUUCAUCUAAUUGUACGAGAGUGUGAGAGUGACCGUUAUGGACCUCAGUGCCAGUCUUGGUGCCCUGACUGUCAAAAUGGUGGCAUAUGUCAUGCUGUGACUGGCACUUGUGUCUGUGCUCCAGGCUACAGUGGUCCCACCUGCCAACAUGCGUGUCCCCGAGGCAGCUUCGGGAGCUCGUGUCAGUUUAUAUGCCAGAAGACCACUCUUGGCUUCAGUCCUGCAACUAAGGGUCAGUGUGAGAAGUUGAUCAUAUGUCUGCCUGAACCCUAUGGCUGCUCCUGUGCUCCCGGCUACACCGGCCCCUUCUGUGACCAAGAGUGUCCAGCAGGAAGGUACGGUGCUGGCUGCUCCCACGACUGUGACUACUGUGAGAACAAGCACUGUGACUCUGUCAAUGGAUCCUGCACUCGUGGCUGCAAAAAUGAAGUAUUUUGUCGCGGUGCGAUGCCUCUGGACCUGCCUCGCCUGCGGACUCCUCCGUCUCUCACUGACAUACGAGACACCUCACUUGUUGUGAACUUCUCCACCUGGACGAGGGAGGAAGAUGACGGGUCGGAGGCGGUUGGUAUUGUGAGUUACCUGCUUCAGUACCGGAGGGAAGAUGACCUCACUUGGACCACGGUGAAGACUGUGUCACACAGCUCAGUGUCAGGCCAGACUCAAGUGACGGUAGAACACCUGAGUCCAGGUUACCAGUAUACGCUGAGGGUGUUGGUCAAUACUUCACGCGGCGCUGCAGACGGCUCAACCAACACGAGGGUUCGCAAUGUCACAUUUGUUACUCACUGUUCUGCCCCAAGACUUGAUGAUCUUCAAGUAUCCAACAUCACCGACCAGUCUGCUGUUGUCACCUGGAAUGAUACAGCUGGGAACCAUGAGCGGUGUGCAACACAGUAUGAGGUGGUGCUGACGCCGACCACCGCGCCUGUAAGCACAACAUUAAAGACAACAGGACAGUCACUCCUCCUCAGUGACCUGGCGCCGGAUACACCUUAUAACGUUACCAUCACCGCCUCACACAAUGGAACUUCAGUGAUGAACACAUCAGCUUUUCGUACUCUUUACAAGGAAAGAGAAAGAUGUCACAAUUUCACAUCCAUAAGUGAUAGUGUUGGUUACCAUUACUGCUCUGAGUUCUGUCUGGCUGCAGCAAAGGUUCCUGCAGAGACGAACGAACAACUGCCUGUAUUUGGAACUGUAUACUAUCAUAAGGAGUCAGAUGUGUGCCUCGCUGCCUUACAUGCAGGAGCCGUCAGUACCCGGGGAGGACCUGUCACCUUCACCAGAGAUAAUACUGCUCAUAACAUCCGGGGCACCAUACAACACCGUGUUGUUUCACUAUCAAAGUUGCAAGAGAACUCUGCUGAUCAUACUACAUACAAGUUCCUGAACAUUACUCCAGUCGUCACCCAGCAAGACCUGGCUGAGGAUGUGAUCAUUGUCCACAACUCGUACUCUGGGAACGGCGGCCAACUGGACUUCACCUGCUUGGCCAGCGACACCAGCAGGCGGCUCACUGAGGAGGAUAUUGUAUCCUGGCGCUAUACAAAGCAUCAUUUUGAUUUAAAAAUCUUUCAGGAAAGGUUUACAGAAAAAAGUGGCAAGUGUGUGUUCCCGUAUAACUAUGAGGGAAAGGAAUACUGGGAGUGCACUGAGACUGGCAGUAAUAAAAUGUGGUGCGGCACAGACCCGAUUAAGGAACCUACAUCCACCAGUUACUGGGACUACUGCACAAUAAACAGAGGAAGAUGGGCUAUUUACCAGAAGUCACCAAGAAAAGACAAUGUGCGAGCUGUAAGAUGCCUGGGAAGGAGUUCUGCUACAGAUGUUCUGGCCGUUGUGCAAGUCCCACACCAGUUAUACGUGUCUGUCACAAGCACCAUUCGCGCCAGUCUUGGAGACCACUUGAGUGUUCCCAUCACCAAGUCCAAAGGUCUUCCCCUUGAAGUGUUCAUCCGCAGACUUCCAGAUGAAUGGGUGUAUGAGGCUUGGGCCACUGCUAAUGUUUCUCUUCCCCUGACCUUUGACCCGGUCACACUCGGAGACGCUGGAAUAUACAUCCUUGGUAAUGGUGGCACAAUUGAUGUGUUAUGGUACAGAAUAGCAUCGAAAAUCUUUAAGAAUGCCAAGUCUAACGUUGAAAAUAAUGGUGCUUAUUUACAUCUAAUUGUUCGAGAGUGUGAGAGUGACCGUUAUGGACCCCAGUGCCAGUCUUGGUGCCCUGACUGUCAAAAUGGUGGCAUAUGUCAUGCUGUGACUGGCUCUUGUGUCUGUGCUCCAGGCUACAGUGGUCCCACCUGCCAACAUGUGUGUUCCCGAGGCAGCUUCGGGAGCUCGUGUCAGUUUACAUGCCAGGAGGCCACUCUUGGCUUCAGUCCAGCAACUGAGGGUCAGUGUGAGAAGUUGACCAUAUGUCUGCCUGAACCCUAUGGCUGCUCCUGUGCUCCCGGCUACACCGGCCCCUUCUGUGACAAAGAGUGUCCAGCAGGAAGGUACGGUGCUGGCUGUUCCCACGACUGUGACUACUGUAAGAACAACCACUGUGACUCUGUCAGUGGAUCCUGCACUCUUGGCUGCAUAAAUGAAGCACAUUGUCGCGGUGGGAUGCCUCUGGACCUGCCUCGCCUGCGGACUCCUCCGUCUCUCACUGACAUAACAAACACCUCAGUUGUUGUGAACUUCUCCACCUGGACGAGGGAGGAAGAUGAUGGGUCGGAGGAGUUUGGUAUUGUGAGUUACCUGCUUCAGUACCGGAGGGAGGAUGACCUCACUUGGACUACGCUGAAGACUGUGUCACACAGCUCUGUGUCAGGCCAGACUAAAGAUAUAUUGAACUUGACGGUAGAACACCUGAGUCCAGGUUACCAGUAUACGCUGAGGGUGUUGGUCAAUACUUCACGCGGCGCUGCAGACGGCUCAACCAACAAGAGGGUUCACCAUGUCACAUUUGUUACUCACUGUUCUGAUCCAAGUGUUGGUGUGAAGAAGUUUUCCUGCAAACAAACUAACUACGUCACCACAACAUGCACAGCUGAUCUUACCGGGUGUGACACAUACAAUGGACCAGAUAUACAUUUUAAUGUUAGUCUGGAAACUUACUUGCAGUGUUCGAACAAAACUCUGGAGUUUUAUAAACUAUCGAAUAUAUCAGGUGGAAAAUAUGUUGCUGAGUUUAUGAAUUUGCCGGCUGGGAUGACCUUUGUGGCAACACUCUCCAUCACCAAUAAUGUUAGCCGGAGGGUGCUUGUGAAGACUACCGUUAACUUUACUACUGCAGAAGAAAAACCACCUGAAGUCAGAAACUUUACAGCAAACAUCUUGUCAUCAAAUAAAGUUCGUCUUCUGUGGAAUGAUCCAUGUCCAUCAAAUGGAGUAAUAACUGGUUUCAUAUAUAAGGAAAUAUCACAGGACAAUUGGACACCCAUUGGCACCAUUGACACAACCCCAUGUAGUGCAGGGUAUGACCGCUGUGUUGAUGUAGACGGCUUGCGAGCCAACACCAACUAUGCAUUCUGGGUGUCGGCCAUCAACAGUGCUGGAAGAGGCAUGAGACAGGAGGUAUGGAUCGUAACCAUGGAAAUAAAGCCGGGACCCCCACAGCAACUUGAUGUGGUUCCUCAUGAUAGCAGUUUAGACUUGCAACUCAUGCAACCGCACCUGUGUGGCGGGAUUUUACACAAUUUCACCAUACAGCUGAAGAACAAGACAAUCCUUGUAGACAACUGCACCAAGGAUGCUCCUGACCCUACUUGCUCCAAAGAUGCGAAGACAAUACCUGCUGAACGUCUUACCUGCCAGAUGUCAAAGUUGAAGCAAGGAAGACGGUACGAAGCUGAGGCUUUCUUCUGUAACGCUGCAGGAUGUGGCAAGCCCUUUGUCAAAACUGUAGCCACUCUGCCCAUUCCUCUCAAGCUGAGCGGCAAGCUUCAAGUGAAGACCAAGACCAACACCACCGUUACUCUUGCUCUGCCCACCCUUACUAUGGAAGGUGACGGUGACAGAUCUGUGGCAAUUUUGGUGUCUCGGCUCUCCGAGGACGCACAAGAUGUGGCCGAGAACUUUACUGCCACGUAUAUAAAGCUUGUUGCAGAGGGUAUAAGCCAGAGGAGGUCAGCUUCAGGUGGGGAGCGGGUGAGGCGGCAGGCAGGCGACCGCCACUGUGAGGACACUAACCGGACGUACAUAGCUGCCGUGUUAACACAGGCUGCAGAAGAAUUUAUGGUUGGUGAGAUGACAAGCGGCGGCCCUUACCCCAACUGCCCGCUGAAACCCGCUCAACCUUAUAUGAUGGCUGUUGUUGCUAGGGUGCAGCUCGAAGAAAGGAGUGCGUAUGCAGAGAUGAAGUUGGAUGAGCUAGUAGUGCCUGAGUGGGAUUGCUUCGUUCUUUCCAUAGUUUCCUCCGUCUUUGGUCUUCUCCUCCUAAUCCUCAUCAUCACAAUCAUCAUAAUUUUCAUACGCCACAAAAUGCUAAAUAGGAAGUCUGGAGCCAAGUAUUGUAAAGAUACACACAGAACAGAGGUCUAUGAUAAUGGAAGAGCUGCGCAAGACCUGUCCAGCCACAACAUUCUAGCCCUUCUUGACAUCCCAACCACAUCUCAGGACACAUCUCCACCACCAGCAGUUGAUAAGGAAAAUGUUUCUGAACACAUUUACGAGAGUAACUCCCAAGAGGACAUAUACUGCAACAUGAGCCAACGUGUAGCUUUUGAUAACGUUGAAGCCUAUCUCAACAAGUCCAUUGGUGCUCAUGACACUUCGGAAGACUGCAUGUCUGUCCCGUCCAAUGUUGGCAAGUCUAUGUCUGUCGGAGAACAUCCGGAGAAUAAGAGGAAGAACCGCUGCCAGAAUAACCUUCCUUAUGACGAGACGCGGGUGGAGCUCUCCGUCAUUAACAACGACCCGUUCUCUAAUUACAUCAACGCAAACCACGUCUACGGGUUUGGAGGUGUUCUGAAGUACAUAGCCUCGCAAGGCCCCAAGGAGGCUAAUGUGAGCACCCUCGGCGACUUCUGGAGGAUGAUUUGUGAACAUCACAUCUUCGUCAUUAUAAUGGUGGCUAACUUUGAGGAGGGCGGGAAGGAAAAUGUGGGUAAAUACCUGGAUUUUGGAGGAGCCCUGAUGAUUGGUGACUACAAAGUGGAAGUUGUUAAGACAGAUCAUCACCCUAAUUACAACGUGUCUCUUGUUCAGGUGUGGAAAAAUGGAAUUGCUCACACAGUGACCCACUACCACUACUUGAGCUGGCCGGACCACGGCGUGCCCACCGAGGCCCACAGUCUGGCCACCAUGCUCCGGCAGGUCAUCCUCACACACUCUGAUGUUGGUGUGGUUGUGCACUGUUCGACUGGGAUGGGACGCACAGGCACUGUCCUGCUGGUGCUGCUCUUACACGAGAUGUUGAUGGUCCAGGGCAGUGUGGACCCACUGGAAAUCUUGGAGAGACUGUGGGAUUGUCGAGCUCGUCUAGUAGAAAACACUGCUCAGUACAACCUUGGUCUUCAAAUAUUUGAUGAGCUUCUCUAUGGAGAUAACACUGUCAUUCCCACGGUCAGUGCACACGAUCAGAUGAAGGAGUUCAUGAGGACAAGUCAUGAGCUUUACCAGAAGGCUUUGGCCCUACCGUCUGGCCUCACUUUCAAAGUGGCAUCUCAAGCUGAAUACUAUCAGCUAAACCGCAACCCAGCUGUUGUACCAGCAGAUACUCGAAGGAUCUUCUUGGAGAUGGAAGGUGAUGAGAUGCUUUCCCAGUAUAUUAAUGCAGUGAGAUUGGACGGUCUAGAUGAGCCGGACACCAUGAUAGUGACGGAGCAUCCCCUUCCCUCCACGCUCAACAAGUUCUGGAAGCUUGUGGUCGAGAAGAAAUGUCCAAGUAUUAUUUUCAUCAACACAUUUGAUGGAUAUGGAAAGGAGUUUCCGUGUGUGUUGCCUGGACCCGACUGUGACCUACAGGCGGGCCGCUACACCGUCCACACGCUCCAUGUGACACCCUACAAGUCUUUUGACCUCUACUCUAUUGAGGUGUUCUCCCAGCAGAAUAUACACCAGACAGUGAGCGUGUACCAGCUUACUUCGUGGCCGUACAGGACCCAAGUGCCUCCCUCGCCCCACGUCCUGGUCGAAGUGUCAGAGAUGGUGCUGCAGUCUCUACGGUCUCCCGAGGCUGGUCCUCUCCUCCUGUCUUGUGGUGACGGGGUGACGGGGUGUGGACUCUUGGCUGGCGCCCUCUUGACUAUAGAGAACAUUCAGAAAUCUAAUAAGAUUGAUGUUUACCGCACUGUUGUGAAACUUCGCCGGGCUCGACCACAGUUCUUUGUCUCUCAGGCCCAGUUUGAGCUCCUCUACAGUGUUGCUGUUGUGUACCUGGAGAAUUAUGACACGUAUGUGAACUUUCCAGUUUAAACCACUGAAGGAGGAAGACUGUGUGAUGGUGCUCUGCCUGCAAGUUACACAUUUGGGGACAUGCUGUGUGUUAUGUAAACUUUGUAGUGCUGUGUGUACACCGUGGAAAACUUGUAAAUGUUUUAUAGUAAAUGUAGAUCUUGUAGCAUUUAUUAUCUAGAAGGUUUGUGGUGUAUGUUUAGUGUACUCUACAGGCUAUUAAACUUGACUUUUUUUUAAUAUUGUAGAUUUUGUACCACAUUAUGUGGAAGCUUGCUUGUUGAUUGUCUACAUAUUUUGAAGGUUAUUUAAUUUUAAAAGGUUUUUAGUAUUAGAAAUUUUGUAGCACUUAAGGUGUAGAAGAUAUUUAUUGUUACCAGUGUUUUCUACUAGUGUAGAUUUUGUAGCACUUAAGGUGCAUAAGACUUGGUGUACCACUGUUUUAUACAGGUGUAGAUUUUGUAGCACUUAGGGUGCAUAAGACUUUGUGUACCACGAUUUUAUUCAUGUGUAGAUUUUGUAACACUUAGGGUGCGCAAGACUUGAGGUACCACUAUUUUAUACAGGCGUAGACUUUGUAGCACUUAAGUUGUGUAAGACUUGGUGUACCACUAUUUUAAGCAAGUGUAGAUUUUGUAGAACUUCAGGUGCGUAAGACUUGGUGUACCAGUGUCUUAAGCAAGUGUAGAUUUUGUAGCACUUAUGGUGCAUUAAACUUGGUACACCAGUGUUUUAUACAAGUUUAGACUUUGUAACACCAAUGAUAAUACUCUGUAUACGUUAAGACUGGAUUAUUAAGAUUGAAGCCAUUGUUAGUAAUGAGCAUUUUGUGGUACUCUGAACGUAGAAAAGUGUUGAGGAACGCUUCCACCUGAU